GAAUAUGUGCGUGCUGUAUUGAAUGUGUACAAAUGAUCCAAAAUGAGCAGUAAAACGACUAUAAAUAUUAAGAAUAAAUUCGACCGAGUGGUAGUGUUGGUCGACAUGGAUUGCUUCUAUUGUCAGGUGGAGGAAAAAUUAAACCCCGCGAUUAGAGGCAAACCAAUAGCGGUGGUACAGUACAAUCCCUGGCAAGGCGGAGGAAUCAUCGCCGUAAACUAUCCUGCCAGAGCGGAAGGUGUUACACGCCACAUGCGUGGUGACGAAGCGAAGCAACACUGUCCAGAAAUUGAGUUACCUCAAGUUCCACAGAUUAGGGGCAAAGCCGACCUGACGCGCUAUCGUGAGGCGGGUAAGGAAGUAGCGGAUGUUUUGCAGCGAUUUACUCCACUACUAGAACGGGCCAGCGUCGAUGAGGCGUACCUUGAUAUAACUGAGCGCGUGCUGACCAGGAUACACGAAAUGAACGAGGGUCGAUUUCAACUGCUACCCGAAAAGUUGGAUAAUACAUUUGCGGUGGGGUAUGAAAGUAUUGGUGAAUUUGUAAAAAAGCUUUCCAACACAUUCGAUGCCAGUUCGGCGGAGAAUAAUACACCGGAGCGGUUGGAGUACAGGAAAAGCGACAUGAAGCUGCUGGUCGGUGCCUCGAUCGUGAACGAAAUACGUGCCGCUGUGAAGGAACAAACGGGUUACGAGUGUUCGGCCGGUAUUGCGCACAACAAAAUCCUUGCCAAGCUAACGGCCGGCUUUCACAAACCGAACAAACAGACGAUUCUGCCGAUCGACAGCAUCAGGAAGCUGUACGAAACGCUACCAGUGAAGAAGGUGAAGGGUUUGGGUGGGAAACUGGGCGAUCAGGUGUGUGAGGUGUUGAAAGUACAGUUUAUGUCGGAGUUGGUACAGUUCCCAGAGAGUGUGCUGCAGCAUCACUUUGACGAGCGGAUGGGCAGCUGGAUGUAUUUGAUGGCACGCGGUAUCGAUCUUGAGGCGGUAACGGCAAAGUUCCUGUCGAAAAGUAUUGGCUGUUGUAAGAGAUUUCCCGGUAAAAAUGCAAUUACCGGACUGGCAACGCUUAACCACUGGUUGAACGAGCUUGCAUCGGAAGUGACGGAACGAUUGGAGAAGGAUUUGGAGGAAAACAAUCGUAUGGCGAAGCUGUUAACGGUAAGCUACAGUCAGCAGAUCGAUAAUGUGGAUGUGUCAAGCACGAGAAGCAUACAGUUGGUGGCGUACGAAAUGGAGCGCAUUGCCGUUGAUGCGCUUGAAACGAUCAAACGAAAUACGGAGCGAUUUUUUAAACCCAACUCAACAACGGCAUUGAACAAUCCGGUAAAAUUUUUGGGCCUUAGUGCGGGAAAGUUUGAAUCGAACGGCAGCGGAAAAGGAGCCGGAAUCAAGCAAAUGUUUCAGAGCUACACAUCGAAUAAGGUUAGCGGUGCAAAGGAAAUACCGCCACCGGUUGAAUUACCACAAGCUGAAGCGUCGCCUGAUGAGCCACAGCUAGAGAAAGCAAAAGCGGAAGAACCAAUGGCUGAAUGUAGCAAAAAGCCACCGAAAGGCCAUAUAAAACAUUUGCUACAACAUCAAGCAUCUUUAGCUGCUAGUUCUUCCAGAGAACGUGUCGCAAAGGAGCCUGACAACAGCAAUACCAGUGAAGAAUCUAAAGAAAGCGAAAGCAAACCGGGGAAAGGUAUUAAACAAUUUCUACUACCAAAAAGUGCCAUUUGUAAGGAAUCUGCUCCUAAAAGUGAGCGAUUAGAGGAGGAGGAAAGAGAUGCGGAGGAUCAACUAACCCGAGUAGAGGAUGAGGUCAAAGCAGAAAUAUCAGAAGCAGAUAAAAAAACCGAGCCAACUCUACACGUAGCUGAAGAGUUAGUAAAACCAGAAGAGCAACUAUCUGCCUCAGCAUUGGUGACGGAAGAAACAAAUGAAACACACGUGAAGAAACCCGAUUACUUAGAAACAUACGCAGAAUAUGUAUAUCAAGUCCCGGAAAUAGAAACCCAAACGUUGGAAUGUCCCCAGUGCAAGAAACAGAUCCCGGAACAUGAAUAUCAAUCUCAUCAGGACUUUCACUUUGCUCUCUCGCUAAGUCAACAGCAACGAGAUGAGUUCCGCAAUGAUUUAAAAUCAAAAAUAUCUGCCAAACGACCAUCGAAAGCUACCUCUUCGUCAUCGUCUGCGGGAAGAUCCAAUAGUGCCAAUACAUCAUCCGGAGCAAAUUUAUCGAUCGAACGCUUUCUAUCAAGAGUUUCACCAGAAUCGAUACGUUCCACUAACUCCGAGAUGGUCGUUAAGAGUGGCAGCGGGGAAGAUGAUCUCUCAGAUAGUCUCACAAAGUGUCCUGACUGUGGCAAACUUGUACCAUUAGAAUCGCAGACCGAGCACGACGACUAUCAUGUGGCGAAACGGUUGCAGCAGGAACUGAACCGUCUCGAGCCAACUCCAUCACAGCCGACGAUUCUAAAUAAACCUGUUGCGGCAACCGUAGUGGUGGGAGGAAGUUCCAGCACGAAACGAAAGCGUUCUAUGAUCGUAGGCGGUGAGGUGACGUCACCGGUUAAGCAGAAGCUAAAACCCGUGUCCUCUUACUUUACUAAAUUGUAA